AUGACUUUGAGAUUGAAGCCCGCCUCGCCCCCGGCCUCGCCCUUCUCGUGGGGAAGGUCGUCGCCGUCACCGCCGCUGAACCCAGCCGAGCUAUCAUCGCCGCCAACGAUAUGGCUAUCGGCUCGCGACAUGAAAUUGUUUGGCGUACAGCCUUUAACUUCGACAUCUGACAUCGGUUUGGUUCGAUGCAGAGAAUGUGAGAAGCCCGUACUACGUAGCUACAUAGGGGAACACGCAGAUAACUGCGAAAAGCUACGAGCUGCACCUAAGAAAGCUGCAAAAGGGAAGGGUGGUUUGGAAGUUGAAGAUCCAAAGAAAGGAUCCAAAAAGCGCAAGGCUUCCCCCACGCCUGAUGAUCCAUCUGCACCCGCCAAAAAGAAGAGUAAGCCGGCUCCGAAAAUCACCAAAGGACGAAUCAAGGGGCCUGUGGAUCUGGACCGUCACUGCGGUGUCAUCAACGACAAGAAUCUGCCUUGUUCGCGAGCCUUGACAUGCAAGUCGCAUUCCAUGGGCGCAAAACGAGCCGUACUUGGUCGUUCUAGGAACUAUGAUGAGUUACUAUUGGACUGGCAGCGCGCCAACAACCCGAAUUUCGUCGAGCCAGUGAAGCGGGAGACCAAAGCAGAGAAGAAGGAGAAGAAGGAGCGAGAGAAGAAAGAGAAGAAGGAACAAGCGAUGGCUGCUGCCGUUGCCGCUGGACUCGAUCCCAGUGCGAUCAAGAAAAGCACCAGCUCUAGCGGGACCAGCAAGAAAGUGAGUAAGAAAGCUGCCGCUGCCGCUGCGGCGGCUGCAGCCGUUCGCGCUGCAGAUCCUCUCGCUGCGGAAGAAGCACAGGAGAACCUCGAUGACGUUGAUUCGGAGGCAGAAGUUGACGAUCUCGUAAAGGCCAUCCAAAUUUCUCGGGAAAAGGGUAUCGUUGGUGUUCCGCUGGCUCUACCUUGCGACGCUGGCACAUGGUUUGUCCAGCGACGGGAGAAAUCGAGGUGUUGUCGCGAUCUAUUGCUCAACGCCUUGGGACAUGGUGGUGGGAGUGCUGUCAAUGCCGCCAAUCUAGGCAUGGGUGGUUUGGGUAUGGGUCUGCCGAUGCAGAGAGCGGGUAGUUUGGGGAUUUCAGGGAUGACGCUAUUGGGCAAUGGUCACUGA